CCUAUUUGAGCCAGUAGUUCACAGACAUCGCAUAGUAACCUAACCUUAAACGUGUUUAUGUUGCCGACUAUUGCCCAAAAAGGGAAUCAAAAAAGUUAAAAAUAUAACGGUUUGAGUUUACUGGGGGUGCAAGUGGAGUUUUUUCUUAAUUCCUAAACUCAACAUUAUGGACAGUUAUUAAAAGGAAGAGUACUGUUGUGUCUGCUAGAAGUUAGUUUAGAUUUUAGAAAAAUACAUAUAUAGGUUUCAGGAAAUGGAUUUUAGAGAAAGUUAUGUGAUGCAUAAUACACUGCCCCUAGUAUUUCGUUAUUUAUCUUUGACAGACAUACUCAGAUGCGCACAAGUUUGUAAACUAUGGAAUGUUGUAAUAGAAAAUACUCAAUCAUGGAAGACAAUUAAUUUAGAAAAUGCCCACAUUAAUGUCCACUACAUGUUUAAAGCAUUAAGCGAAAAACAUCGAGUUACAAAUUUACGCCUAAUUAAUUGUACUUUGGACGUGAGUGAUUUUGACUCAAAUAUCCUCAAAGAAAUGCAAAUCAAGCGAUUGGAAAUCUCUGAGACACCGUCUGUUUUGUUGAAUAGUCUUAGUAGAGAGCUACCCACUUUGGAGGCACUUAAAGCAAAAUGCUAUGCAUCCUUUAAUGUUCUAGAUUUGAGCGUUUUUUCCUCAUUGGCUCACCUGACGGAGUUAAAACUUUACUGCAAUAGGCAAGUCGAUCAUCUGGAUGAACUUCUUUUAAAUCUUGGACAAAUCCGACAUUUAUACUUGCUCGGUUUGACAGCUGAGAGCAUUAAAACUGAUCCGACAGGAGAGUUGAUUAGAGAGGCAACUCAAAAGAUGCAGGAAAACGAUUUACUAGAGUCUUUCGGUUUGGAUCUAGAGCAACUACCAAUAAAUUUUCAUAUACUUUUAAGAAAGUUCGUCAAGUUGAAGAAAUUAAGGCUAGAGAAUUGUCGGAAAUGGGACUGUAGAGCAGUUUUAACUGAAAUCAGCCUCAAACCAAAUUUUACCCACUUAGAGCUCAUAGAAGUCAACGUACUGGACGGCUUCCGCAAUGGUUUUUCAUUAUGUAAAAACGUUACUCAUUUCAUUAUAGUACUGAAUACUCCCCGCUUUAACUUAGAAGCCUUUACAUCAGACGUUAUGUUAGCCAUACAGAAUCUAUCAUCUUCGUUAAAAAAAUUAACUUGGGGUUUCAGUGAUAGGUAUUUGAACUAUUUCUUGAGUGUUACUGAUAGAAUAAUGAAUGGUUCAGAUCUAACAAACCGUUUAAUAUUACAAAGGACUUUUAUCAAGUUUGAGUCUGACUUGAAAUAUUUGCUUCAAGAUACUGAGGUUGAGAUCAAGAUGGGAAUGAAUGCAGGGAAUCUUUUUGAUUAAUUUAUAAUUUGUAUAGGUUAUUUAUUUUUUAUUAGUAUUGAUGUUAGGUUUAAGGUGUAUAAUAGUUCGUAGCUUUAUGAUCAAAGUUAGAAAAAUAAUACCAUUUUUUUUGUCGACGGAUAAAAUUCAAUACAUUCACGUGUGUAUACAAAGUAAAAUAGUGAAGGGCAUUAAAGGAAAUAUAAUAAAACCCAAAAAAAGAAAAAGCAAUUGAAAAAACAGUAGAACAAAUGCAAUUAAAAGGAAAAAUUCUUGUAGAGAAAACUUUCCUAUCGGGCUCGAGAAUCGUAUAAAGUAAAUUCCACCUGGUUUUUCGUUAUUUACUUUCCUUCUUUGUGUGCUUUUCUUUAUAGUAGUACCUAAUGCUCUGCUGAAAUGCUUGGCACUUUUUUCUUCUGUAAAGGAUGAGGUGGACGAGAUUUUUCUAAAUUUUUAAAAAGUAAAGAGAAAUGACAUAACAAUAGGGUUGAAUUCUUUGGGAUGAUUUUCCGACUCUUGGAAGUUGUUGAAUAUUUCGAUCAAAAUAUUAGACCGCUUGGGGAUGUUUUGUUCUGCGGGGGAUUUCGUGUUUUCUUAUUUAACUGAGUUGCAUCAGUUUGUUGCUUUGCUAUGUUGCCGCGGAUUGAGCCUAAGGUUUUAAAUUUAAUUAGUUUUAAUUUUAAAAUUAACCAACUUGGUCACAGUUGGAAAUUGCGAAACAGUUUUGUAGGAGGAACCUAAAGCGGGUCUGGUUUGUCAGGAAUUAGCAUUUUUAAGAUGUGUGCUUUAUUCUUUUCUGUGUUACUUCCUGCGGAUUGUAAUCCAAUACGAAAAGCUUGUCUGUUCUGAACGUCUUCAAGGGGAAUGUAAUGGUCUGUACCUCGAAUUACGAUAUCUAUUUUCAUAUUCUCAGGAAGUAUGGCAUUCGAGGUAUAGCUUCUUGAAAUGUUUGGUUAGAAAGACUUAAUGGUUAGCGAAGUCAGGACGUGAAAAGCUAGUCCUAACAAACAAAAUAUGGAUUUUGAUGAAGUUGGGAUUUUGAGGUUAAGUCAGAUAGUUUAGACGUGAGAACAAAUCGCCAGAUUCGGUAGAUAGGAGCGGACACAGGUUGUUAGUCAGAGAGGGCGAUCAUUGUUUAAACUUUUAAUCUUAAAUCUCUAUUGAAGUCAAUAAAAUAGAUACAUAAUGGAUGGAAAUAUGGCGCAAGUAAAUACAAUCAUAAACGUCAACUAUAAUAUUACUAAUCUGGUAGCAGUGUCAGCAUGUGAAUCAGGUUCAAAACGCAGCAAAAUUCACGCGACGAAUUUGUCUAUUCGAUAGUCGAGGAGUCUAAACAAAUUAAAUCUAAUUGUUUUGCCAAGCUUGUAAUUUUUCCAUUUAAUCUUGAAAAGUGACUGUCCGUAUUCUCCCUAUAAUUUCGAAGAACGUUGGGAGUGCAAUUCAAAGCUUAAGCAAAUACAAAAUUGGAUUGAUUUUUUUUGACUAUUUUUAUCUUAAGAGGUCUUGAAACUGUUUCCAAUCCUGCUCUACUUAUAUAGCUUUAAGGAUGAUUUAAUUAGAGUCUGAAACUAUGGUUUUAUUUUUCUAACUUUCGCCAUAAACUCAAAAGUUUUAUAAUACAUUUUAAUAUUUAUAUUUUAUAUAAAGUUUGUAUUUGGAAUAAUGUUUCUUUGUUUUAUCGAGCUUUGACAAUAGAACUACGUCAAACUCGUUUUUUGUUACCACUGAGAAGACUGCUUCUGCAUAUCAUUUGUGUUUGUAUUAAAUAAAAAAAUAUGAAUAUUUUUUAUACAAAAA